CCAAUGAAAGACGGCAAAAUAACGAACACUCAGAGGAUUGUCGAGUCGCUGCCAACCAUAAAGUAUGCUCUUGAGCAUAGCGCCAAGUCCAUCGUACUGAUGAGUCAUUUGGGCCGACCGGAUGGCAAGAGAAACGAAAAAUAUUCGUUAAAGCCGGUAGCUGCCGAACUGAAGCAUCUCUUGAGCAAGGACGUGAAAUUUUUGGACGACUGCGUUGGCCCAACUGUGGAGCAUGAAUGCGCGAACCCGGCAGCGGGUUCCAUAAUUUUGCUGGAAAAUUUACGAUUCCACAUCGAAGAAGAGGGAAAAGGUGUCAAUGCCGCCGGCGAGAAGGUGAUUAAAGCUAACAAGGAAGACAUACAGAAGUUCCGUGAAUCGCUCUCGAAAUUAGGUGACAUUUACAUCAACGAUGCUUUCGGCACGGCUCAUCGGGCUCACAGUUCGAUGGUCGGCGUGAGUCUCGGCACCCGAGCAUCUGGCUUUUUACUCAAGAAAGAGCUCGACUACUUCGCCAAAGCGUUGGACAAACCGGUUCGUCCGUUUUUGGCUAUCCUAGGCGGCGCAAAGGUGGCCGACAAAAUUCAACUGAUCAAAAAUCUCUUGGACAAGGUCAACGAGAUGAUCAUCGGGGGUGGAAUGGCGUUCACUUUUCUCAAAGUUCUGUAUAAUAUGAAGAUUGGUGCCAGUCUCUAUGACGCUGAGGGAGCACAAAUUGUCCAUGAACUGAUGGAUAAGGCAAAGCACAAUAGCGUACAGAUUCAUUUGCCCGUAGACAUUGUGACCGGCUCAAAAUUCGACGAAAACGCAGAUAUUGGUCACUGUACGAUCAAGGACGGUAUUCCUGAUGGUUGGAUGGGUUUGGACAUUGGCCCAGAAACUCGCAAGCAGUUUGCAGAGGUAGUGGCUCGUUCGAAAACUAUCGUGUGGAAUGGGCCUCCGGGUGUUUUUGAAUGGGAAAAAUUUGCUGAUGGCACAAAAUCGUUGAUGGACGCUGUUGUGGAUGCGACAGCGAAAGGUGCGAUCAGCAUCAUUGGCGGUGGCGACACCGCGACUUGCUGUGCCAAGUGGCAUACCGAGAAGAAAGUCAGUCAUGUGAGUACCGGCGGUGGCGCCAGUCUAGAACUGCUUGAAGGCAAAGAAUUACCCGGCGUCGCGGCGUUGUCACCGGCCCAUUGA